UGCAGACAGAAGCAGAAGUGACAGCGCAACAAUAUAGAGAACGGAACGGACAGUGCCAUCUAUAGUGAGCUAUCUAAUCAUUUGCAGGAUGUACUAGGUAGUAGUUUUAUCUUAAUAAUGCAUACUAAGGCAUUAUUAUCGCGACAGAAGAACAUAAUUUAUUCCGUGCAUCUCUGAGAUUUGGCAAUAACGGUUGUGGCUUAAACAAGAUGGGGGAGACUGAGGGCAGGGUGCUGGGCAGGGUGACGGUGUACUCUGUGCUGGGCUGUCCCCACUGUGUGCAGGCUAAGACAAGCCUGGGCGGUCUGGGCCUGCCUGUGUGUGAUGUAGACAUGGGGAAGCACCCAGAGCUCCGGGGCAGAGUGAAGGAGCUGACCGGUCGGAGCACAGUUCCUCAGAUCUUCUUCAACAGUGUCCACGUCGGGGGGAAUGAUGACAUGCAGAAACUGCCUCCAGAGGAGUUGGAGCGUCUGGUGCGUUUGGUGAGGGAGGAGCCUGUCUCGUUAGACGCCCUGCCCCUGCCCAAGGAGAACCAAUCAGAUGGCUCAGACACAGCUGGAGAGGCUGAUGGAGAGUUUAAGUGUGAGAGGGAUGCGUUAGCGGACGUGGUAGAGGAUCUCAAGCGGAGCGAUGUGAUUGGAUGUCAGUGGAGGAGACUGAGCAUGUGCAGAAACAGCUUCACAGGAGCACAGCUGGUUGGCUGGCUGCAGAAAGAGAGGGGCAUGGAGAUGACUAAGGCAUGCGAGACUGGGCAGGUGUUACUGGACAGGAAGUACAUGGUGGGCGUGGCUGGGGCAGGGAAGGGGGAGGGAUUUGGAGUGAGUGACAGGCUGUACAGGCUGAUGGAACAUGACCCUCACUCGGCCCUGAACGCAGGACAGACCGCUGCAUGCUCCCCUUUACAGGCUGCUGAGUUGUCUGCCAUUCUAAGGGAUAUGAUCCUGAAGUUGUUCUCUGAGUACCUCUCUUCUGAUGGAAAGUGUGUGGACUACAAGGCCAUGUCCCUGAGCCCAGUGUUUGAGCGCUACUGUGAGCUAGCUGUUCAGCUACAAAGAGUGGAGCUGCUGUCGCUGACCAGAGAGGAGAAACUAGCCUUCUUCAUCAACACCUACAACGCUCUGGUCAUCCACGGAAACCUUCGGAUGGGAGCCCCAACCAACAUGUGGCAGAGAUACAAGUUCUUUAACUACGUGAGCUACCUGAUUGGAGGAGAGGUGUUCACUCUGCAGGACAUAGAGAAUGGAGUUCUGAGAGGGAACAGAAAGGGCGUCGCACAGCUUCUCAGGCCCUUCUCUAAGACUGACCCUCGCCUACAGGUGGCUCUCCCAGACGCUGAGCCUCUCAUCCAUUUUGCUCUGAACUGUGGAGCUAAGGGAUGUCCACCCAUCAAAACAUACACUCCACAGGACAUCGACAGUCAGCUGCGCACCGCGGCCGAGUCCUUCCUGGAGAACGAUGACGGCUGUGUGGUGGAUUCUGAGAAGGGGGAGGUCUGUCUCAGCCAGAUAUUUAAGUGGUACAAGGCAGACUUCGGAGGCACAGAUGAAAAGCUGCUGAACUGGAUCCUGGAGCACAUGGGGGAGUCUCCCAAGAGGUCCAGCCUGCAGCGUGUUCUCUCCUCUGGGAAGAUCAAAGUCAGCUACCUGCCCUAUGACUGGAGCACCAACAGCUCUCACUGAGGCAGAGCAACAAGCCAUAGGAACACACUGUUCUGUCAGCAACACAGAGAAACACACAGCUCAGCCUGCAGACAUGUCUAUCCUCAGUAAAGAGGUCUGUGUGUCUAACUCUAAUCCUUUCUUCCCCCCUGCUCCCCUACUCUCCCACAGCAUGUGAACCUAUACUUUUAACCUGGUUUUACUUUCUCUUCUAACUGGGUCUUCCAUUUCAAGCCUUGAAAGUGCUAAUGAUGCAUUUUAGCACGCACCUACUUAUUAUAAAUUUGUUUUAUCAUUGAUUAUGAAUAUUUUUCUUAAUACUGUAUAUGUUAGGAAGGCUUAAUUAAUUCCAUGCAUGUUUAUGAUCCAAUUCAACACGUACAGGACACAUUUGUACUUUUUCUAACAAAAUUAAAAAAGUUAGCUAUUUAUCUAUAAAAAAAAGAUCUAAAACUGUUUAGUAAAACUUUUAUCCCAAAUUGUUUGUUCAUCUCCUGUUUUAUGCACACCACAUUGUGCUGGUCUCUGUAUAGCCAGGUACCAGUUCAUUGUCAGAAAUCUGCUCUCCAGAAAGAGCUUUGCACUGUGUAGCACACCAAGUCUCUUCUAGCCCAUCUGUUUCUAGAACUCUCCCACGGUAUGACAACGGAGGGGUAUGUCUCCCUCUUUACCCAUAAUGCACUUGUGUGUUUAUCUCAGGUCAGCUGCCCCAUGAUGCAAUGGGAGGAGAGGACUUCUUGUAUGAGCGAAAUCUGGAAAACUGUUGUCAUAUCACUAUAACAUGUACUAUCUGUACCAUUCAUAUACCUGCAGAGUGUAGUGUACUAUUUUUGUCAAAUCCUGAUGUAGCUUAAGCAUUUGCUCUGUCUCCCACUCCUAUGUUUGGCUUUGUUUGUUGGGUUUCUGUCUGUGAGAGACUGGCUGUACCUCUAGUGAAGCAGAUUCUCCAGUGAGAGGAAAGCGCUCCUGCUCCAAAGGCUAAGCCAACCCUAGAUACUGUUUAUAAGUAUUACUAGGCAUUACUAUGUUUACUGUCUCAUUCACUGAAAUGCAUGUUACAAUGACUGGAAUGCGUUAGUUUGAUGCAUGUACUACUGAAUGCCUGGGAUACUGUAUCCUCUGAUCCUGAAGCCUGUAGUUAGAAUAUGAUAUGACCCUGUUCUCUAGCCAGUGCCUUCUAACCCUGCAUGAGAGAGAGUACCUCAGACCCUGGCCACAUCUAUAGCUAGCACUCCUAUUACAACUACUCCUAACCCCUACUGCCAACCACAGGGCCUAUUGUAGCACAGGCACUAGGACUCCAUACUACCAGUUAUAACUACUAGUAAGUAAUACACUGGUAGACAAGUUGCUGGGAAAUUCCAGUUGGGCAGUGUUCUUUACUCCUGUUCCUGGAUAGUCACAGUAUGUGCAGGCUUUUGUUCCAGCCCUGCACUAACAUACCUGUUUCAGACCUUGAUUAGCUCCAGGACCAGUAAUGAAGAAUACUGCUUUAGUAAGGUUUCAUGCAUCUGCAACAGUAAGAGCUUGUACUCUGAAUGAUACCCUAAAAGUUGGAGAGAGCUCAGUCUGCUCUGACGACUACUGUACUUCCCUAAACUUACCUCAUUUCUCUUUGUAAUUGUCAGGAAGAAAAAACAUGUCAUGCAAACCUGUAGAGAACAACACUGUCAUGGCUUUUGCCUGGAUCCAACUCUGAAGCAAUACUUUUGUUAUGAUGGAAAUUAUGCAAUUUGUCAUCUGAAAUAAAUAAUUUCUUAUAGUU